ACGCCUGGAUGAGUAAGAGUGGACGGUGUUGCUACAGAACGAAGCACGAAUAUUCAACUCGUGGACUUGUCGAUUGCGCUGAGACUGGGCUGUCACAUGCAGCAAGUGGCUGUCACAUAGAAUUGUCACUUUAAGAGACAUCUGAUUUUCAAGGUUUCCGGUUGUCUGGAUUCAGAGAAGUUAUCAAAUCACCUGUCUUGGUCAAGCGUACUGACUUCUGUUACUCGGACACUGACUUAGAGUUUCACUCCGCAAAGAGCAUUUGUUUCCAUCCGGUGUUCCGUGGCCUUUCCAUGUGCUCCAAGAUGGAGCAGCCUUUCUACCACGAUGACUCCCUACUUUCCGCCUAUUCACGCACAGAUCCAGGGCUCCUGAAAACUCAUAUGGGGUCCAUAACGGAUGCCUACCGAUUGUCCAAACAUGACAUGCCCUAUUACACUCAUCAGGAUUCCGCUACUGCUACCUCCCACCAUACUACACCUGCAAGCUUAAAGAUGGCUGGGCCUGAGCUUGAGAGACUCAUCAUCCACAGUGGCCCUGGAGUCAGUUGCCCAAGUGGAGGGCAGCUCUACUAUGCCCCACGUGGGGGAGGAGGUAACGGUAUAACAGAGGAACAGGAAGGUUUUGUGGACGGUUUCGUGAAAGCUCUGGAUGAUCUUCACAAGAUGAACCGAGAAGGACCUCCAAACGUGUCCCUGCGUGGUGGCUCUGUGCCCAUGAGUGGUGGGUCAAAUUCUCCGGGAGGCAACAUUUAUGGCGAUACUGCAGUCUAUGCCAACCUGGCCAGCUACCACCCUAGCUGCUAUCGCCAGCCCUCUGCCACUAUCAACUACCUACCACAGAGCCACAGUGGUUAUGGAGCUUCUUCAUUCAAAGAAGAACCACAGACUGUCCCCGAAUCUAGUGACAGCAGGGAUGGCACACCAACACCACUCUCCCCCAUCAACAUGGAAGAUCAGGAGAGAAUCAAGGUGGAAAGAAAGAGAUUGAGGAACCGCCUGGCUGCCACCAAGUGCCGCAAACGCAAACUGGAGCGCAUUGCCAGGCUAGAGGAGAAGGUUCGGGACCUAAAGAAUGAGAAUAGCGGUCUGAGUGGCACAGCAGGAGCUUUGAGAGAGCAAGUAGAGCAGCUCAAGGGUAGAGUGAGGGAGCAUGCCCGGCAUGGGUGUCAGCUGCUGCUUGGUCCCAAGGGUCAUCAGGUGUUUUGAGGUGGGAUGAAAAUGUAAAUCUCACUGGUUGCCCUCCAAAGCUCGUCAAAAGAUGGGACCAUGCUGCAGAAGGACCUCUUAUUUUAGACACUUGAAAAACAGUAGGGGUCCAAGACUGAUACCUCUAAUGCACUUCAUGCACGGGAGAAAGAGACUUGUCUUCUGGCUCCAAACUGAAGAUUAUGUACUAAUGCUGCUCUCUCUAGAAGUGGUUACCAAAAUGACUUUCAAAAUGAUGGUAUAAAGUGAUCCCAAAGGUUAUCUAACUUGUUAUUGAAGUCUGUACUGCCACACCUUGUUUUAACCCAUUAGCUGCCAGAGGGAUUUGAAAUGUAUGUAUGCCCCUUUUGGCAACUAUUAGGUUACGUUUAUGUCUUCCCUAUUUUCCCUCCCCCAUCCACAGCACUUAUCUAUAAUUAUAUGGUUCUUCCUCUUUUUUGUUUUUUCCAUGUGUUUUUUUUUUUUUUUUUUUUUUAAAUAAGUUACAACAAAUUAAAAAAUAUGUGAAAAUAAGGAAGGGAACAUGUCAUGUGAUUUGCAUCAUGUGAAGAAGGGGAACAGUUGCCAGUUUGGAAAAGGGACCAAGUCAUAAGCAGAAUAAACAAACUGCUCUUAAAAAGUUGCAGGGUAUCUAUACACUGAUAAUGUUGCACUGUAUAUAACUGAUUUCUGUUAUCCUUAAACCACAGCACUCUAAUAUGUAAUAAGAGCGUAUACACAUUAACAGUGUAUAGAAUUGGGUUUAAACUGGAUACAAUGAUAUAUGGUUUUAAGGAACUGUAGUAAAUUGAUUAUAAUGCAGUUCUAUUUUCAAGGAAAAGUUUACAGAAAACAGUUUGCAUUGGGUUGCAACCUCUUAAUUCUGCUGGUACAGUGGAGCUGCAGACUAUUGCAGUGCAAUGCUCUUCAACCACAUAGGCAGAGUGUUGGUUUAAAAACCUGUUUGUGAUGUCUGUAUUUUUGUAUGGGAUUUCUCUGCAGGUAUCAGAAAAAAAUCCCCAUUAAAUAUGUUAAGUAUAUAUGUAUUUAAAUAAAUGCACAGAAAGGUACUUUUCAGAAAGCUGGGUUUUUUUGGUGUUUCUUGAAAGUACUGUUUUGGGAAAUUUUAAAAUUGUAUUUUUAAUUAUGGAAACUGACUUUUAAAAAUGCAAUUUUGUUUUGUAUCUAGAAUGUAUGUGUGUGUAUAUAAAAAAGUAAUAUGUGAUGAAAACCUACAUUUUUCAGUUUUGUAUCAUAUGUCUUGUUUUUUGUAUUUAAGUAAAUAAUAUUGUCGUAUAAAA